UACAUAGUCUUAGAUUGGAAUGAUAUUGUCAAGUAUCUUAAUGAUACGCCAGAGAUUGUUGAGCAGAAAGGUAAAUCAUUUGUACUUUUUCUUGUCAAGUUUGUCUUUAUGACUUUCUACAAACCACUGGAAGAAGCUUUUAACUUUCAAAGAGAUGUUAAAUAUGAUAAGGGUGAAUUCAUAGUUAAUAAGCUAAAAACUAUAGUUCAAGGUUUAAAUCAGAAACAGGAUGGUAAGAUGAUUAUCAAACAGAAUCAGCUGAUCUUGUCAACUGCUAAAAAGAAACCUCAAGAUGAUCAUAAUCAAAUCAAAUCUGAAUCUUGUGAUACUGAUGAUAGUUAG